AACGAAACCGUACGAGACGUGAAGUGGUUGCACAACGAGUCCAUGUACGCUGUCGCACAGAAGAAACACGUCUUCAUCUACGACCGAACCGGAAUGGAACUCCACCGCCUGAAAAACCACAUUGAGGUCCAACACAUGGAGUUCCUCCCCUACCAUUUCCUGCUCGCAACAGUAGGAAACGCAGGAUGGCUCAAAUACCAAGACACAUCUACCGGAAACCUCGUCGCAGAGCUACGAACCAAACUUGGUCAACCAGCAUGCAUGACACAAAACCAACAAAACGCAGCCAUCCACAUCGGGCACGCAAAUGGAACCGUAACGCUCUGGGCGCCGACAAUGUCCACACCACUCGUUAAACUCCAAGCGCAUGCCGGUCCCGUGCGCUCGAUGGCGAUUGAUCGGAGUGGGAAAUACAUGGCGACGGGUGGAGCGGAAGGACGGCUACGGAUCUGGGAUUUGAGGAUGUACAAGGAGGUGCAUUCGUACUACACCCCAACACCACCCUCAACGAUCAACAUCUCGGAUCGUGGAUUGUUGGCUGUAGGAUGGGGCCCGCACAUGACAAUCUGGAAGGAUGCAUUGAGAGUUAAGCAGCAGUCACCAUAUAUGACACACCUCGCCGCAGGCGAACAUAUCGCUGACGCGAGAUUCUGUCCUUUCGAUGAUGUCCUCGGAUUCGGACACUCUGGUGGAUUCUCCUCCAUCGUCGUUCCCGGAUCCGGAGAACCAAACUACGACGCAUACGAGCUGAACCCAUACGAGACUGUCGAUCAGCGCCGCGAAACCGAGGUUCGUAUGCUCAUGGAAAAGAUCCAACCAUCCAUGAUCGCCCUCGACACCUCCUUCAUUGGAACCCUCGACCGCACCUCCGCCCCCGACCGUCGCGCACUCCAAGAACAAGAAGCUGCGGCAAAGAAAGCCGAAGAAGAGAAAUGGGUACCCAAGCCCAAGGUUAGGGGAAAGAACUCGGCGAUGAGGAAGUAUUUGAGGUCUAAAGCCAAGAACGUCAUUGAUGACCGGAGAGUGAGGGUCGAGGCGGCGUUGGUGAAGGAGAAGCAGAUGAGGGCGGAAAGGGUUAGGAGAGAUAGGGGGGAGGUUGUGGAGGAGAAGAAGGAGGGACCGGCGUUGGCGAGGUUUGCGCAGAAGACUUCGAAGCGGUAUUAAAUCCGUGUACCUUAGGGCGAAC